CAGCAGCCGCCUUGGGGGUGCUCGACUGGAGCUGUUGUCCGCCGCCGCCCGCGCAUCGCAGCGCCCGCUUGCUUGACCCUCGCUCGUCAUGUCGGACUUCGACAACAACCCUUUCGCGGAUCCGGACCUCAACAACCCCUUCAAGGAUCCUUCAGUUACGCAAGUGACAAGAAAUGUUCCUCCAGGAUUAGAUGAAUACAACCCUUUCUCAGAUUCCAGAACACCACCACCAGGAAAUGUCAAGGUCCCCAAUGUGCCCAGUACACAGCCAGCUAUAAUGAAACCAACUGAGGAACCUCCUGCUUAUACUCAAAUCGCAAAGGAACAUGCCUUGGCUCAGGCUGAACUACUUAAGCGUCAGGAAGAAUUAGAAAGGAAAGCAGCUGAACUAGAUCGUAGGGAAAGAGAGAUGCAGAGUCUCAACCAGCAAGGAGGAAGAAGGAACAAUUGGCCACCACUACCUGGAAAUUUCCCAGUGGGUCCUUGUUUUUACCAAGAUUUCUCUGUAGACAUCCCUGUAGAGUUCCAGAAGACAGUAAAAAUUAUGUACUAUUUGUGGAUGUUCCAUGCAGUGACACUAUUUCUUAACAUCUUUGGAUGUCUGGCCUGGUUUUGUGUUGAUCCUACACGAGGAGUUGACUUUGGAUUGAGUAUUCUCUGGUUCUUGCUUUUUACUCCUUGUUCAUUUGUCUGCUGGUACAGACCACUUUAUGGAGCCUUCAGGAGUGACAGUUCUUUCAGAUUCUUUGUUUUCUUCUUUGUGUACAUUUGUCAAUUUGCUGUACAUGUACUUCAGGCUGCAGGAUUCAAAGGAUGGGGCAACUGUGGAUGGAUUUCAUCUCUAACUGGUCUUAACCUCAGUAUUCCAAUAGGCAUUAUGAUGAUAAUCAUAGCAGCACUUUUCACAGCAACUGCAGUCAUCUCACUAGUUAUGUUUAAAAAGGUGCAUGGCCUGUACCGCACAACUGGAGCAAGUUUUGAGAAGGCCCAGCAAGAAUUUGCAACAGGUGUGAUGUCCAACAAAACUGUACAAACUGCUGCAGCCAAUGCUGCAUCGACAGCAGCAACUAGCGCUGCCCAAAAUGCUUUCAAGGGUAACCAAAUAUAGAGAAAAGAGAUGAAAAUCACCACAAUGUUCUGGCUCUGUUUUAUUUUCCAGUCACUUAUAGUCCCUAAAGACUUUUGUUAAACAAUACACACACACAGCAUGUACGUCUCUUCAGCUGUGCAUGGGCUAAAACAGGAAAAGGUCCUUGUUUCAUUCCUUUACACACGUAUUUAUUCAGAAGUGCUUCCUGGUUACUACUUAAAAUUGUUCUUAGCAUAUUUUUCUCCAUAUUUUGGAGGCACGCUAUAUUCGGUGAAAGUUUCGACUGUAGAUCUGAAAUUGAUAUGGCAGCUUCUGGGGUCAUCUUAAUUGAAUUUUAGAUGUUUUCUGGUCAUUAGCUCUCUCUGGGACCUUUCAUUCUGACUUGAGACAAGCACUUUGGAUUAACUCCUUUUGUUCCUAACAAUUUGCUUCCCUAUUUUCUUAUUUAAUAAGAAACAGGGCAGCUGACAGUCUUGAACAUGACAUUUUGGCUGCUGCUUUAUAGUUUCAGCAGCUGAUGAAGGACAGAUGUAAGCUUAAAAUAAGUAUGAUAGAUAAUGUAAAUUCUUUUUUUUAGGAUAAUAGAUUUUUUUGAUAAAAAACUGAGUUUGCAUGAAAUAGUUUUGACCAUGCUGAGCUAGUGUUUUGGUCCGGAAUUUGUCUCUCUACCAGUUUGAUUAUAGUAUUUGUUGGAAUCUGUUUUCAUGGUGUAUAGUGUUCUAACUCAGAAAUCUUGGAGCACACUUGUUCUCACAAAAAAAGCAACAUGUAUUGAAGAAACAUUAAUUAUGUUUAAUUGAAGCCGUGUAAUUAUAUUUGCUAUUUUUAAUUUCUGUAUUCAUGACUUGAGAAAACGACUAAUAUUUAGAACACACUCAUAACUUGUACUUUUUAACCUGUGUUAAAAUGCAGUGGAUUUUUUGUUGUGCUUAAGGAUUCUGACAUUUUUAAGUGUGCACUUGUGUUUAAUGAUGGUACUAAAUCUUUAGCCUGUCUGUCACACCCUUUACUGUUUGUAUAAAUAUCUGAAUAUACAGAAUCUUAUUUAAAUUUUUAAUCACAACCAUAGUUUCUGAACAGGCUUUUUAAAAAUGACGUUUAAUUAUGUACUUGAAUUCUUUUAACAUACUUCGGCCUUCAUGUGAGAUUCAUCUGAAUAAAUGCAUUUUAUAAAAUGCAAAUUGAAGAUGACUUUUAACACAGUACUAAUCAGUUAUGUGUAUUACACAGCAGAUCUUAGUGGUUUUUAAUUCAUCUUCAUACUAUUCUGAGUCUUAAUUGCCUCUCAUCUUAGGGUCAUGUUUUAUCCAUUUGACAAUCUAAUAUAUAUGAAUUAUUGGAGGGUAACCUGGAACACAUCUUGGAUGAACUUUUCAAAAAGUAUUCAGUUUCUGUCAUUAAGGGCUCCUAAUUCUUAAAUACUGGGUAAAGAUAUUGCAAUAUUGCUUUAAUCCUAAUACUCUCUAACCCAAUAGUUUCUUGGAAAAAAUAUAAUUCAACAUGGUCUAAUACCCAAGUCUGAGGUGUGUACGCAUAUCUUGAAUUACAAGCAUCACCCUAUAGGAAUAAAUAAUUAAGAUAAGAUUGACAACUUCAUCAUAACAGUAAAUACUUGAAAAUAGAUAUUGUGGGGAUUACAUUUUGUAAACAGGUUUCAUACUAUAUCUAAAACCCUCUGCAAAUAAAAUCAUGGAUGUAGUUUGGGAUUCAGUGUGAGAUUCAAUGUAUUCCUUGCUUAGUAAGAUAAACUUUUUAGUUUUCUUUCACAUGUUCAUGUGCAUUUAUCUCAAUACUUGAUCCUACAUCAGUAGCCUUAGAGCAUUUUUGUUGCUAAUCCUUUAAACUAUAGGAAUAACUAUACUUUUUUUUCUUUUUAAGAAAAAGGUGGUUCUUGAAUAUAUUUUUCUCAGGGGAUAAAGCAGAUUGAAACUUGAAAUAGAUAAUUGCAGGCCUAGUUUGCAGUAGUUUUGUAGCUAUUUUGGUCCCAGAAAGCAAGAGUGGUUUAUUUACACUCUUACAAGCCAACAUUUAGAAAAUGUAAAAGUAGUAGAAGUAUACUUCAGGGUUAGGUCAGAAGUAGCAGAAUGAAUCUCAGCAGUGUCCCCUGUUUCUGACUCUUCAUUUUGGCAGAAGGCUGUUGUAUGUUAAAUGUUUAACAAAUUAAUGGUAUUAAAAUAUGUCAGAGAACAAAUAUAUGCCCGUUAUUUAAGUCAUUUUGUAGUAUCCAGUUGUGGCAAGUUUAGUUCAAAUUACAGUGUUUGAACACUGGAAUAUCAAUAGCCUGUGAUCUAUGAUUUUGGCAUCAGAGUUAUUUAUCUGAAGGAUGUCUGUAUAUUUUGUAAAUUAUUAACAAUGCUUUGCCAUCCUGGUGAAUGUCAUGGUUCUGUACAAAUGCACACAGAUCCUCUGAUGUUGCAUGUCUGGGUAGUUCAAAGGUUCUGCAUAUUUAUUGUAUUAACUCAGUGACAUAGAAUAAAAUGUUUCCUGACUGUUUGCUCUGUAUAGUUUUAAAAACAAGCUAGGGAUUUUUUUUUGUAAAAGACAAGAAAAAAUGCAAGAGGGUUAAUAUAUGUACAGAAAAUAUCAUGUAUUUGUCCCAAUCCAGCUGUAGUUCUGUCUAGUUACACAGAGGCAGAAUAUGGAUGUAGAUAGUUUGAAAGUAAUGCCCUGCAGGUAGACAUUCACAGUUGGAUAUGCAUUCAGAUACAAUCCAUCUGCAUUACAUUACUUUAGAGUGAUGUGCAACUGAAUAUGCAUUCCCUAUCCACAUCCUGGCACUACUUGGUCACAUGUAAUUAUGCACAACUAAAGCUGAGUCAGGGAGUUUGUUUUUUGUAAUCUGUAUAUAAAUUCUGUAAUCUGCUGCAGUGGGAAAAGUAUGUCUGUUAUCAGAACAACUACUUGAUACAAUUAGAACUUGGGUUAGUUUUAAGGAAAACCCUCAUCAUAGAUGCAGUGUUUUGGUUCUGUGAUGUUAAUUGGAAACUUCAAAAAGAGAAUGAUUUGUUGGUACUGAUGAAAUCUACAAGUAUUAAAUUUGUUUGGGAACUUGUUGGAAGUAAAAUGAAACCUCUGAAAACAAA